GCUGCUUUUCUGCAACUGCAUGUUUCCAUCCUUUCCUAGCAGCUUUAUUCAGAUUUAUUUGGCGUGUCUUGGAUAAAGCCACUGUAUAAUCUGGAGGGUCAAAGGCAGACUGAAGAAAGUUAAUAAUGGCUGCUAAUGGUGCUAACAAUUCAGGGUGAAUCUUGUCAAAAGUUUUUUUUUUUUCCGCCCCCCUUUCUGGAAGUCUCAGCCUUUUGAUUGUGUGUUUCCUGAAAGCAAGACCAAUCAUUUCAGUUUAUUCACUGGCUAAACUCUACUUGAUUGGGGACAAGCACACAAACCAUCCAUUACGAUCUGAUAUAUUAUCCAAACAAUUUAGUGUAUUCAUGAGGUAACCUAAAUGUGGAGGCUGCAAAAUUACCCCUAAUCAAUUGAAACAGCGAGUGCGCGUCCCUCUGUGUGUGUAACAACUACAUGUCUCUGUAAUAAGGCAGACAUUAAAUCAUUUUGGAGUUGUACUGUUGAGUACCUGAUCACUGGGGCUCAGGGAAGCUGGACAGCCACAUUAGGACGUAGGGAUCGAGGAAGAAGCAAGCUGCCUUUCUGUUGGGAUCAAAGCCGACCUUCCUUGCGAGAGGUGCUUUUCCAGAUCCCCACCCGUCUGACCGCAGGCUGUGCAACAGCCAACCUAGACUUUCUUUUCUUUUCUUUUCUUUUCUUUUCUUUUCUUUUCUUUUCUUUUCUUCUUUGCUUUGUUUUAUUGCACUACAUGUUUGGGAAACAAGACAAAAUGGACGUUAGAUGCAAUUCAGAGGCUGAAGCGAACCGGGUCUCGAAGAACGGACAUAAAGAGGGCAAGGAAAGCAAAGGGUCUGAAGGAAAUAUUUCUACUUCUUUUUUGAAGGAUCAGCAAGGGACUUAUUCUGCCUCGGCCGUUUCGGAAGAUUGUAAUAAAAGUAAAUCUAGUUCUGCAGACCCGGACUAUUGCAGGAGGAUCCUAGUUAGAGAUGCCAAAGGUUCAAUAAGAGAGAUUAUUCUGCCUAAAGGACUUGAUCUGGACCGCCCCAAACGGACCCGAACGUCCUUCACCGCGGAGCAGCUGUACCGGCUGGAGAUGGAGUUCCAGAGGUGCCAAUAUGUGGUGGGACGGGAAAGGACCGAACUGGCCCGGCAGCUCAAUCUUUCGGAAACUCAGGUAAAGGUCUGGUUCCAGAACAGGCGCACGAAGCAGAAAAAGGACCAAGGCAAAGACUCGGAGCUGAGGUCCGUGGUGUCGGAGACCGCCGCCACCUGCAGCGUCCUCCGGCUCCUGGAGCAAGGCCGGCUGCUCUCCCCGCCGGGACUGCCCGGCCUCCUGCCCCCCUGCGCCACCGGCGCCUUGGGCUCCGCGCUGCGGGCCCCCAGCCUCACCAUCGGGACCACGGGCACCACCAGCUCAGGGCCCGCGGGCGGCUCCCCGCACUCGCCGGCGGUGAGCAGCGCGGCUGGGCCCCCCCAGGCUGCGGGACUCCACGCCUCGCCCAGCGCCGGCCAUAACCUCUUCAGCCUGCCGGUGCCCACCCUCCUGGGCUCGGUGGCCGGCCGGCUGUCCUCUAAUCCUUUGACAAUGGCCGGAUCUCUGGCAGGAAACUUGCAGGAACUAUCAGCCAGGUACCUGAGCUCUUCCGCCUUCGAGCCCUACUCCAGGACCAACAAUAAAGAAGGCGCUGAGAAAAAAGCCCUGGACUGACUCUGAGUAACUCUAUGUAUUUAUAUUUAUAGUAUCUAUUUGUGGCGAUAUUUAUGGAAUAAUGACACGUUAGUAUCUCAUCAGCCCUCCCUUCAAUCCCCCCUCCGCACACUCUCCUGCCCCCCCAUAACAAUCCGCCCCCCCGACCAUGCUUCCCGAGCCAGACUUAUUUCCGAAUGCAACGAGGAACGAAACUAUGUUUAGAGGCGAAAUCAUGAAGUGGACAAACACCUCACCCAAGUGUAGCCGCUAAAUAAACGGAUUCCUGACCACACAGCCGGGACGCCAUCACUGUUAGUGAUGGAGACCCCUUUAUUUUAGCGUGGGCGGGUGUGUGUGUGUGGGGGGGGGGAAAGGCAGGGUGGAGGAGGUUUGCCAGCAGCUCAAAACCAAACAUUUUGACUGCAUUCUGAAUCAAACCAAUGCAAACCUAACGAUGAUCCACGUUUUUAUCUGGGAAAGGGACUGGGGAGGAGGGGGGAAAUGGGAAGGGGAAGUUGAUUGCAGUUUAAUCAUAACCGUUUUGACUAUAUUCUGAAUUAAACCAAUGCAAACCGCUGCAGGAGUGGGGAAGUCGAUUCCAAACAAACGGACAUAGAAAUGGAACCAUCAGGUGGAUUUAAAUGUGUUGCCAAGACUUCAGUGACUCUAAGCACAAAUUUGCUCAAGGUUUUGUGGCCCCAUAUAUGUGUAUAUGAUGACUGCACUACAUUAACAGUUUAGUAUCCUACUUUGUAUUUAUAUUUGCUCUUGAUACAGAUCCAAUCCAGAAAAAAAGUCUGUCAACUUAAAAAAAAUAUUGAAUAGUUUAAGGAUCGGAACAGACUGCCUUUAAAACCCGCUCAUUAAAUGCAGAUACAGAAACCAGUGACUUUAGAUUGUUUUUAAUAAAAACAAUAUUUCACUUCAAGAUAAUGCAACGCCCCUUUUUUUAGUUUCAAGAGCUAGUUCUUCGAACCAAAAAUAACAUUAAAAUGUUGUAAAGGUAAAUAUGUGAAAUAAGGGAAAGUAAGGUAGAGAGAUUGGCGUGAUUCCAUCUAUACCUAUUAAAAUGACAGGUUUUUUUCUACUUGAGUUUCCAGUACCUGCAAAGUGUAUCCAAAUUAAACAUCUUUAGGGUUUCCUCCCUCCAGAAUACUCUCGCAAAUUACUACAUUUUGAUUAAAAUGAAAGUAAAAUAUAAAGAACGUAUCGUUUUGUACUUCGGUGUAAUAAUCCCUUUUGUCCUUUUGCAUACUUGUUACGGUUAUUUUUUCUCCAUCCGCCAGGAUGUUUAUUCCAAACUCUAGCAUUCUGAUCUAUUUCACAUUACGUUUCAGUACUUGAAUUUGUCAGAAAAAGAAUUCUGUAGUUAGCUAGUUUGUUUGUUUGUUUUAGUUUUUCUUUCUUUAACCUUUAAUAUAAGGCGUUUACAAGCUGUAUAAAUACGUGCCACCAAACCUUAACCAAAAAUAAUUACAAAAAAUGGAAUGGUUGCUGUAGUCUAGAGAAUUAACUAUAAAACAGAACUGGAGAGAGAGCGAGAGCGAGAGAGCAGGACAGAAAACAAAAUAGUAAUUUUAUUGUGAAUUAUUUACGUCUGAAGUUUCUAGGCAAUAGUGGAGAAAAUAAUGAAUGAAUCGAGCGCCGAGAACUUGCUACUAACUUUUGUUCUGAAUGUUUUUGGCUAUUUGGAUGUUUUGUAUUUAUGUGGUGAGAGUGAAAUAUAUUAUAUCUAUAUGA